AUGAAGCUUGGUCAUGCGCGAUACCUUGCAGCACUUUUGUUGAUGUCAGCUGCUGGACAGCACCAUGAACAUGAGUGGAUCGAGUACUCGAAGCCCACACGCAGACCUAUGGAUAUACUGACGGUGGAAGACGCCCCACAGUUAAUACAGUCGAAUACGUCAUGGAAUUUAACACAAUUUCUCAAAUCACAUGGUGAUCGGAUCGUAGGGACGUCGCUGGUGUCCAAAUUGAACUACCAGGGUUUCCCAAACGAUGGGCCGUCCAUGCGCUUGAAAGAGUUCGUAGACCUUGACUCGCCGAAGUAUUCAGUAUUUGAAGAGGAUAAGCUUCGCGACGCAUUCACCUUCGACAUGCCAAUGAUGCCGGCGCAGCUUGACAAAUUGGUCAUUCUGUCCAUGGCUAAGCAAGGGUCGAGCACUCCCUUCCACACCCAUGGUGCUGCGGCGUUUGUUCUAGUCAGUGGAAGCAAGCUUUGGUUGCUUACAAAGCGUAUCCCCCGAGCAAUGCAGAACGUCUUGGGCUACCAGACUGGACAGGCAUUACUUCAGCACCAGGAGCGCUUCGAAGAGUGGGGCAUAAGCGUAUUUCUGCAACGCCCAGGCCAGAUUGUGGUGGUCCCGGAGCUCUGGUACCAUUCAACUGUAAAUAUCGAAGCAGCAAUUGGAGUGUCUUAUCAAGGGCUCUUCCGAACAAGUUUUCGGAGGGGUGAGAAUGAGCAUUCUUGCAUCGCGUCUUUCCGAGAAGGCGACUGUGCACGUUUUUUCCGUCUCUGUGCAAAAGCAAGUCCAUACAUGUUACCAUAUUGGGAGGAAUGCAUCAACAGCUGGGCUGAGAGCGAGGCGCGUAGAAAUUUGCGUCAUCUUGGCAAGAAGCUGCUCGCGACUCCAUGCACGGAUUGCGAAUAUCAGUGGACCCGUAUGGCGUUCAUGUGGGCUCCAUUUGAUGCGAAGAGAGCGCUUUCAUGCCUCAAGCGGGCUUUGAAGGUGAAUCCGUCCUACAUCCCUGCGCUGGUAGGUGCUUUUGAGCUCACAAAAGACGAAAGCUUCGAGAAUGAGCUGAAAAAGCUGCACGGCAGGUUCCCGGAGACACCAGACUUGCGCGAGCACUUCAGAUUCCACGCGAAUCCAGAGCUCUAG